CCCCAACCAGCACGGCGCCGCGCCCGGGCAAGAAGGAGAAGCGGACCGGGUGCUCCCGGGGCAUGCGCAUCCCGGUCCCCGUGAGGUGAGGUCGGCAUGGCGGAGGCAGUGGUGGUUGUGCUGCCGCAGGGAGAUCGGUAGCCGUGUCGACCGCGCAGAGGCUUCUUUUCGCCCCCUUCCCUCCCCAUCCCGGGCCGGACAAGACGGAGACAAGGCGAGCUAGAACGCGGCUGGAGCUCGGGCAGGUGCAGGCGCAACCGCUGGACAGGGAAGGCCUCUCCCGCCCCGUGUUUGCCGCCGCCGCGCGUACCGGCGAGACGCUCGCCCGCGGGCCCGGGCUACCCCGUCAUGCCGCCCUUCUCGGCCCGUCUGUGGCUCCCGGACACCUUGGGAGAGCCCUGUCACCUUCUGCCGUGCUGCCCAGCCCGCCCUUCCUAGGAGGUGACUUGCUGAUAAGUGUUUGAACAUUGUGCAUGUCUAAUUAUGCAGUCUGCUAAUGUGCUUCUGAAAAGAAUCAUAAGAAGUUCUGUCCUUCCAUUUGCUGCACAACAUGGGAUGAACAAGGAUUUGUUUCCACUAAGUAGAACUCUGAGUUUAUCACUGUGCCUGAAGCAGGACAACUCAGAAAAAAUAGAUUUAGAUGCGUGGAAGAAGGUAAUGAAGUCUGGGUUGCAAGAAGAAGUCAGCGAAACAGUCUCUGAGCCUAAGGAACUUUCUGCUUUGGCUGCUGCCCGUGAGAUUGUGGAGAUGUGGAGACUAGCUGGCAGAUCAGUUCCAGAAAAUAUGAGUGACGAACAGCUAAAAACCUUCAUUGAAUGUCCUUCCAAGUCGGCCAAAAAGAAGUAUUUAAAAUAUUUGCAUCUCAAAGAACUUUACAAGAAAAACGACAAGAGAAAGAUGGAAGAGAAAAGAGAAAGGAAGCUGGUAGCACAAGAGCAAGCGUCAGAAACCAGUAAGACCAAAAAUACUUCAUUCGUAUGUUUGUGGGCCAGCUCAAUGGACAGAGCAUACAAUUGGAGGGCUGCUCAGUCUAUGGUGUUUGGCCAGCCCCUGGUAUUUGACAUGUCUUAUGAAAAUGAUAUGUCUGUCCGAGAAGUUGCAAACACAGUCAGACAGUUAGUGUUGAGUGAAAGCAGCAAUCGAAGAUCUGUGGAUCCUUUCCACAUCCACUUCUGUAACUUGAAAGAUGACAGCCUGUAUCAUAAGGAAUUUGUCAAGCAUUAUAGAGAGGCAUGGGACAAAUUGCUUGUCACGGUGACUGACCAGUGCUACACGCAAAUCUUUCCAAAGGAUAAGCUCAUCUACCUAACUGCUGAUUCUCCCAAAGUAAUGAAAACAUUUGAUCAUGAUAAAGUCUACAUUAUUGGGUCAAUGGUUGACAAGAGUAUAAAAACAGGAGUGUCUUUAGCACGGGCAAAGCGACUGGGGCUGGAGACUGCUGCCCUUCCAUUGGAGAAGUACUUGCUUUGGAAUAGUGGUGCCAAAAAUCUCACCCUGGAUCAAAUGAUGCAUAUUUUGUUAACGUUGAAAGAUACCGGAGACUGGAAGAAGGCUCUGGAAUUUGUCCCGAAAAGGAAAUACUGUGGCUUUGUUAGCAGACCUGUGCAUGAACUGAAAAAAACCUUAAACCUGAUCAACACACUUAAACUUGGAAAGACACAGCAAGAAGUGCAGAAGCAGUUUGCCAAGAACUACUCGAAGAAGCUAACGCAAAAAUAGAGUGAUAGGGAAGAAAAUUACUUCUUAUAAGCAACUUGUGCCCUUGAAUGCUCCAGUUUCUCACAACUUCUGGAACUGUGUUCAACUGUUUAUCUUUAAAAACACCUUUGUUGGUCAAGUUUGAAAGACCUUUGUUAAGGAUUUUUUUUAAAUUAUCUUAGGAUUUCAGCUGUUUGAAUUUAUUCACAGAUCAUUGUGUAAGAGAAAUGAGAGAAAUGUAAGAGAAAUGAGAUAAUCUGUUCUUAAAAAAUUGCUCUGUACAAAGAAUAGAAAUCUGUUCAGUUGAGUUGUAUUGCAACAAGGGUGAAUGACUGAAUGAAAGGUUUCUCUUCAGAGAAUAGUGCCUUGGGUUUGCAGGUGAAGGCCAUCCAGUCUUCUAAAAAGUUAGCUGAGACCUUUCCCCCUUACUUCCUGGGUCCUCUUUUGGUGUGUAGAUGAACUGACUUUUAAUAGCUGAGCUAAAAACAAGUGGUUUGAACCAUUUAUGAGUUUGGGGAGUUGGCGUGCUUCCUGGGUGUUCUAUCUGGCACAAAUCAGAGGUUUCUCACACCUCUUUCAAAGGUAUAGUAAACAUUUUCUUGACCCCACCACAAAAAAUACCUUGUGUACUUUUGUGUCAGGCAUUUAUCCUAGAAUUGCCUGUGUUUUCAGUCCAUGUAAUGUAGAUCUCUCAAAAUGCUGGAACUUUGAGGUGAUACAGAUAUAUGUUAGUAAAUGCUUCCAUGUAAUA